UUCCAGUACCAACGAAAUGAACUUUCCAAUUUUCAACCUCCUGUAGCCAAACCAAAUGAUCUUUCCAGAACCUUCACUUCACGCAUGGUAGAAUCGGACAGCUCCACCACACUCCACUUUUCGCACAGCCUCUGCACGACGCUGGAUAAGAAUCUCUGCAGCCAAACAAGCUUCUUCUUCUUCUUCAAGGUAGCCAAAUCGCAGCACCACACGCCUCCAACGGCGGCACAUCUCAACAGUGAAAUCACCGCUUUUCACAGCACGACGCCGUGAAGGGAUCGCACCUUGCGCUGCCACCACAGCACCACGGGGACCAGCUACUGCAACCCACGGAACUCCAAGUGUACAAGAGAUGUCCAGGUUUCGAGCAUUGUUGCAAUCUUCUCUGAAUGCAACAAAGAAAGCUCUCACGUGGAAUGUUGAAGACUUGAUGCCUCCUACAGAAAGAUAUAUAUUCAAUUUUAAUUCAAAGGAAGAACUAAAAAAGUGGCAUCUAUAUUCAGAUUCUGAAUAUGGAGGUUUGUCCUCAGCGUCUUUGGAGAUCAAAGAAUCUGAUAAUGGAAACAGUGGGAUUUUCUGUGGGAACCUUUCCUUGGAUGUUACUGAGGGUUCAAAAUGGAAAAUUACUCGCAGUGGCUUCUGUGGAAUGCGGUCCAAAAAGUUUGAUGGCUUCAUUGAUUUGGAUGCAUAUGAUACAAUAGCCCUAAAGCUUAAAGGAGAUGGAAGAUGCUACAUAUCUACUAUCUAUACAGAAAAUUGGGUCAAUUCACCUGGACAACAGGAAGAUAACUCAUGGCAAUCUUUUGUUUUUGUACCCAAAGACAAUUGGUAUAUUGCGAAGAUUCCCCUUGCUCGAUAUUUACCAACAUGGAGAGGGAACGUUAUAGAUGCAGAAAUGGAAAUGAAUCCAUCUCGUAUUCUUGGAAUGUCUCUGUCUGUUAAUGCUGAAGGAGGAGUGCCAGGCGCAAGAUCUGGACCGGGCGAUUUCAGGGUUGAAAUUGAUUGGAUCAAGGCGUUGAGAACACAAUAAGUUAAUGUAGACUUCUUUGGGGAGGAGAAAUUUAGGCACUGAUUUUGUGUUAUAAUGACAUUUUUGUUAUUCAACUUUUAUCAACGAAAGCAGCUCUCUGUGAGUGGGACUGUGGACCUUUUUUUCUUU